AUGGGGGCUCUGGACCCGGAAGUGGCGCCCUGGGCUCGCGGCGGUGCCGCGGGGAUGGCGGGAGCUGGAGCUGGAGCGGGAGCUCGCGGCGGAGCGGCGGCGGGAGUGGAGGCCCGGGCUCGCGACCCGCCGCCCGCGCACCGCGCGCACCCGCGCCACCGGCCUGCAGCGCAGCCCUCAGCCCGCAGGAUGGACGGCGCGCCGGGGGGCCUGGGCUCCGGGGACAACGCCCCGACCACCGAGGCCCUCUUCGUGGCGCUGGGCGCGGGCGUGACCGCUCUCAGCCACCCGCUGCUCUACGUGAAGCUGCUCAUCCAGGUGGGUCAUGAGCCGAUGCCCCCCACCAUUGGGACCAAUGUGCUGGGGAGGAAGGUCCUGUAUCUGCCGAGCUUCUUCACCUACGCCAAGUACAUCGUGCAAGUGGAUGGGAAGAUAGGGCUCUUCCGAGGCCUGAGCCCCCGACUCAUGUCCAACGCCCUCUCCACUGUGACCCGGGGCAGCAUGAAGAAGGUUUUCCCUCCGGAUGAGAUUGAGCAGGUUUCCAACAAGGAUGAUAUGAAGACUUCUCUGAAGAAAGUGGUGAAGGAGACCUCCUACGAGAUGAUGAUGCAGUGCGUGUCCCGCAUGCUGGCCCACCCCCUGCAUGUCAUCUCAAUGCGCUGCAUGGUCCAGUUUGUGGGACGGGAGGCCAAGUACAGUGGCGUGCUGAGCUCCAUCGGGAAGAUAUUCAAAGAAGAAGGGCUGCUGGGAUUUUUUGUCGGCUUAAUCCCUCACCUCCUGGGAGAUGUGGUUUUCUUGUGGGGCUGUAACCUGCUGGCCCACUUCAUCAAUGCCUACCUGGUGGAUGACAGCGUGAGUGACACCCCAGGGGGGCUGGGGAACGACCAGAAUCCAGGUUCCCAGUUUAGCCAGGCCCUGGCCAUCCGGAGCUACACCAAAUUUGUGAUGGGGAUUGCAGUGAGCAUGCUGACCUACCCCUUCCUGCUGGUCGGUGAUCUCAUGGCUGUGAACAACUGUGGGCUGCAGGCUGGGCUUCCUCCUUACUCCCCAGUGUUCAAAUCUUGGAUCCACUGCUGGAAGUACCUGAGUGUGCAGGGCCAGCUCUUCCGUGGCUCCAGCCUGCUUUUCCGCCGGGUGUCAUCAGGAUCACGCUUUGCCCUGGAGUAACCUGAACCAUCUAAAAAAAACAUGCCGUCUCAGCCCGGCCACUGUGGGUGAGGCCUGAUCAUCCUGGGGCACCUGCAAGACGACUCCAACCCAGCAACAUCUAGCUGUGCUCCAGCCCAGUGGGCUUCAGUUUCCAUACUUGCCAUGUGUUUGUCCAGAUGCGGGGGUCGAGUGGGGAUGGGACUGUGCCCAGUGGAUCGGGUCACCUGUUAGAUCUGAGACGGUGGGGUGGGGCUGAGGAAUUGGGGCAGAAUCCUCCUUCCCACGUCUGCCUAGUCUGCCUUGCGCAGGGUGCCAGAGAAUGGUCUGGGAAAGCCCAGGUUGGAUAUGAAAAGACUCUUGGGUCAGAUCCCACCCCCACUCCCAUCUUAAGAGUCCGUCCCGGCUCUCAUCCUGCACCUCAGCUGGGAGCAUGGCUCUCCUGCUUUGUACAUAGGGCAUGACCCUCUGCACAAGGCCACCAUCAUGUCCAGGCUUGUGCUAGGAGCCUGUUGCUAAGUUCUGCCUUCGUUUUUCUCAACACUACUUUUCUGAUGUGAAGGCAGCACCUUCUUCUGAUUGGGAUAUCACAUGACUGCUGAGAAUGUGUCCCCCUCAUCAAGUGCUCAUCGGUUUCAUGGUGGCGCCUCAUGUGCAGGAUCCGGUUACACGUACAGCUGUGAACGCCCAGAAUAGGCAGAUCAGUAUCUCUAGACUUAUCCAGUUUAAAAGUUCCCGAUAUGAUCCGAUCCUUUCUCCCUCAAAUAAAUGUACUGGUGGUAAUUUGGAA